AUGGCGACGUCAAUGCGUUUUAGCUUUUCUCGCUAUUCCAAUUACAUAAGAAGCAGAUUACCAGUCCGAAGAUUUUCUACCACUCGACGUUUAAUGUCGCAACACUGGCAACAGGAAGGUGUUCCUGGAUCGAAUCUUCCUUUCAGCAUAAAGAACAAGUACUGGUUGACAUUUUUGACCACUGUGUACUUUGCCUCUGCACUGAAUGCCCCCUUCAUCUUAUUAGCGAUAACAUUGAAAAGAAUAUACACGCCUCAAGUGGAGCUUGGCACUCAAGUGCUCUCAACUAAGUUCUGUGUUGAUGAAGCUGAGGAAGACUGA